CCGGGAGGCCGGGAACAUGGCGGGGCAGCCUGCGGCCCCGGCCACACCGCCGCCCAGCCGGGACCGAGCAGCGCCCAACGUGGUGGCGCGGAUCUCGCAGUGGGCCGACGACCACCUGCGCCUCGUCCGGAACAUCAGCACUGUAAUGGCCGUGGCUGGAGUAAUGUUACUUCUAAGAAGUGUUCGACUGACAUCAAAAUUCACACAUUCUUCAGAUAUUCCAGUAGAAUUUAUAAGAAAGAAUGUUAAACUACGAGGACGACUGCGCCGAAUAACUGAGAAUGGUUUAGAGAUUGAACAUAUUCCCAUUACUUUACCUGUUAUAUCUUCAUGGAGAAAAGAGCCGUAUGGUGUUUUGCUGGUUAAGUUGGCUGGAGUAGAACUUACUGAAACUGGGAAGGUGUGGUUACAAAAAGAGCUAAAACCUUCCCAAGUACUAUGGUUCCAACUUCUCGGAAAGGAGAAUUCAGCACUCUUUUGCUACCUUUUAGUGAAUAAGGGUAGAUUUUUUAGUGUGAGUCUGAAUGAAGAAAUCCUGAGAAGAGGUCUUGGCAAAACUGUUCUUGUUAAGGGGUUAAGUCAUGAUUCUAAAAUCUAUUGGAGAAUUCACAGAAAUUUACUUAAAGCUGAAUUAACAGCCUUAAAAAAAGGAGAAGGAAUAUGGAAGGAAGACUCUGAAAAAGAAAGUUAUUUGGAAAAAUUGAAAGGCUCCUGGAGAGAAAUAUGGAAAAAAGACAGUUAUUUAAAAAAAAAUGGAUCCGAUUUCAACUUGAAAAAAGAAAGUUAUUAUGACAAAUUUAAAAGGUCUUAUGAAACAUGGAAAGAGAACAUGAAUAACUACUCCUUACUACUGAAGUUCAGAGAACUUAUGAGUCGCAUACACUUUCGUAGAAAAGAGUAAAAUAUUCCAAGAGGUCUGGCGGUGACCUACUCCAAAAAGAAUAAAACCUGUAAUUAUAAUGGAUAUUUUUCAUUGAGUUGAAAUGGGGAAUUUCUAAUGGUAUUUAAAUAUUUAAGAGAUGAUUAAGAGAUGAUUCUUUGUACAUGCACUAUCAGAGUAAUGUAAAUAAAUUGUGGUUAAUGUAGUAUGGUCUUAAGCAGAAUGAAAUACUCCAUAAAAGUUACAGGUUGGGCUUCCCUGGUGGCUCAGAGGUAAAGAAUCCACCCAUCACUGCAGAAGACAGCUAAGCCUGUCCGGCACAACUACUGAGCCUGUAAAGUCCGGGAGCUGCAACCACUGACUCCCUGCGCCCUGGAGCCGGUGCUCCACCACACGAGAAGCGGCCACAAUGGGAAGCCCACGCACCACAAGGAGAGAAAAGCCCGAGCAGCAGUGAUGACCCUACAGAGCCAAAAAAAAAAAAAAAUUUAUAUCAGGUUGAAGGAGGUAUACACAUAAUGAUAGUAUAUGAAGAGAAAGUUUAACUAUUGGCUGUUCUAUUAUUUUAGUCAUUUGGGGCAACCAUAUUUAGCUUUUGUUGAAAAACAGUGUUUGUUUAUUUUGCCAGUUUUAUCAACUUUGAUGACUUAUAAUAAAGGAACUCUUUAGGCA